CGCGUCUGAUUGGGCCCUAGGGAUGGGGCCAAUCUUUUUUUUCCAACCAAACCGAAGGUUUUACCAACUCAGAUAAGACCGGGGCAAAUUAGGGUAAUCUCAAGAUUUUUUGCGCAAGUCGAUCUUCGUCUUCAUAUCCGCCUCUCUGAAUAAUCGAGCUCGAGAUUACUUAGUUAAACACUUGGAGUGGAGAGCAAAGAGAGGAAAUGGCAGGCAAUGGUGAUCGAGUCCCCACAUUGGUAUAUUGGGGAGGUGAAAUUAUAAAGAACGGAUACCUCGGGUCCAUAGAUUAUUCAGAGCCACCGAAAGCCAUGUGUUUCUUGAGUCGCAGCCACAGCAGCUUCAUUGAGCUGUUGGGUGAAGUGCUUGCUGCAAUGAACGCCGAUGAUGAAGAGGUGGACACAAGUCUCACUCUGUUUGGGAAGUACCCAACUACUGUUCCGGGUGGGAAAGUCGUGUUUGUUUCGAUUCCACUCACCGACAAUCCAUCCUGGAAGUGGUUUUUGGAAGCGAACGCGGUUCCUCAGCCUGUUCAUGUGUACGUGGUUGCUGCAAAGAGAGCUCCGGAAUCUUCUACUAAUACUGCCAGGGGGCAUAUGGGUGUGAGGAAGAACAAGAAUCGAGCAACAAUGAAGAUCUUUGUCAAAACCACCACGGGCAAGAAAAUUGCCCUGGAGGUUGAACCAUCAGACACCAUUGCUGAGGUGAAGGAACAGAUUGAGGAGUUGGAGGGCAUUCCCGCUAACCAGCAGUGGCUCAUCUUCGCUGGCAGGCAGCUUGAGGACUGUUGCACGCUUGCGGACUACAACGUCGAGAACGAGUCUGCUAUCCAUCUUACCCUCAGACUGUGCGGUUGUUGACAGUCCGUACUAUGCCCGCUCGUGCGAUGGAACAAAUGAAAAACAAUUCUGCUCUCAUUCACUACAUCAAGUGACGGUAAGACACCAUCAGCCCUAUCUUUUCGCACAAACAAUAGUUAUCGGUGAAGAAUUAUUGUCUGUAAGACACUAGCGGUGUCAUCCUUGAUCUUGUUAAUUAGAUUUGUCCUUAUAUAAAUUGCAUCCGGGACCAAUAUGCAUUUUCAACUCACGAUUUCUUUGCACUUGCGUCUUAAAAAGAUUUUCAGUUUAUAUUGGCACAAAGCCUAAUGAAAGUAAAAUAGUGUA